GAAAUGCAGAGAAACCUUGAUGAGGUGAUCAGAGCUGUGCCCAUGGAUAUGAGUGACAACUUGGAGCAAAUAAGUGGACCAAAACCUAGAAGCCUGGACAGUGGUCACAACACACCGCGGACAUCACCAGGUCCAUCACAUCUUGAAAACCAUGUGGAUGGCACCCAUGAAGGUAAAUAUUGUCAAUAUCUGGCAAAUGCAAUCGAAUGUUCUCUUUUAGUGAAAUUAGUUCAAACUUUAAAAAACUGUUAUUUAUUUUUUAAAUUAUUUUUGUCGUUAUUGAAAAUUUACGACAAUCUUUUUUAAAACUUAAGCAUUAUUUUUUUUUCAAUUGUAUCCAAACCUCGGUUUUCAUUGGAAAGAAUUCAUUUUUUGUUUUGUUGGCCUAAAUUUACACCUUUGGUGUUUUUUCUUGUGAGUGCUGCUUUAAAACUGUCCUUACUUGAUAACAAUGUAUGCCUGGUCCCUCUUGCAGGGCCUCAUUCCCCAACAGACCAGGAAUUACGUGAAAAUUGGCAAGGGGGUAACAGUAUGCCAGGAUUCUCCCUAUCACAGGCAGACUCUCAGGGUGACCCUAAUGACGACUACUGCGCCUGCUGUCACAAUGGCGGAGAUGUUCUAUGCUGCGACCGCUGCCCCAGAGUUUUCCAUCUUCAGUGUCAUAUUCCAGAACUUUCUGCUGUCCCAAGGUAUGUGUUCCUGAGGAAACUCAUUUUUUAAAACAAUUUAAUUUGUCAUGAGGCUGAUUAUGAAAGCUAUAAUAUUGCAUAGAGAAUAUACACAGGGUAGAGAAAAACCUGAAGGACAAUACAAAACAGUAGACAUUUCAGCUAGAAGCCUUCAGCACCAAAAAUACAGAGACAUAAGGCUGAUUUUGAGAACUAUAAUAUGCAUAAAUUGUACCAAUCUUGAAAAGUUUGAUAUUUACUCUUAUAUUCUAGGCAUAAUGAAAGAUUUUUUUUUUGUUGCUGCAUUUUGCAGUGGGUCAUUUGUGUGUACAAUAUGUGAGGGAGACAACCCAGUCACAGUCGAUGAAACAAAUGGUGGAAAACGUAAAGCUCCAGGUGGACUAACAGAUCAGGAAAUCAAGGUAAUUUAAAAUCUCCAUUUAUUUAUGAAGUCUUUAAGAACUUAUCAUCAGAUGAGAUUAUAUUAUCAAUGUUAAGAAAUAAUCUCCAAGUCGUUUUAUUCAUUUUUAUUGUAUUCAUUUUUAUUCAGUCUGUCUGCUGGCUGUAAUAGUUUAAAAGUUUGCCUUUUUUUUUUUCUUCAUUGUCCAUUUUAAAAAAAGAAUGAAAUUUUUGUUUGUGGGUUUCUUUCUGUGUUUGGGGUGGCAAAAUCUUCGGAAGGCUAAGUCACCCACUUAUGUAAUCCUAUCAACCUGACUCUAGGCACUUGACAAUACAUUCUCCCAUAUUUUCAGCCCAUCCCCCAUAAAUGUUUUUUUUUCCUGUUGUUUUAACGGGGAAGAUAAAGGAUAUAUGAUUUCAUAAGAACUGUAGCCAUUGCUAAGUCCCACAAAAAUGCAUAUAAAAGAUUUAUAUGAAAAACUUUGUUUUUAGGGGGUUGUUUAAUUAUUCUAAAAAUAUUUUAAAAAUUUAUUUUAAUAAAAAGAUAAGUGGCAGCAGCUCCCAGAGGAAAUAAAAAAAGCAUGCCCCAAUAUAAAAUUUCAGUUGGUAUAAUUGUGUCAACUUUUCUACAGGUAUGCGAGCGAGUUCUUUUAGAGCUCUUCUGUCACCCAUCUAGUGUACCCUUCCAGGAGCCAGUGAACAGAGUGGUGAGCUAGACAUUUUAAUUGAUCAUUCUAAAACUAAAUAUAUAUAACAACUGAACAGAAGUGAAAAUUAAAGCUGUUUUUAAAAAACAGUUUUUAUUAUUUCCUAAUUCUCGCAUAUAUUAAAUAUAUUUUAUUUGCUUGUAUUUUAGUAUUUUACCAUAUUUUCCCAACUCAACAGCAAGUACCAAAUUACUACAAGAUCAUCUCACAGCCAAUGGAUUUCACCCAGAUUCGGUUUAAACUGCAGCGUAGGAACCACAACCAUUACCACAGUAUUAAAGGUUUUCUUUUUGAUGUACGCCAAGUCUUUGUCAACUGUGCUAUUUACAACAAGGUAAUUGAACAAAAUGUUUAAUUUGAAAAUCUAAAGCUUUUUGAACACUUUUAUACUUUCAAUUUUUUUAAUGGGAUUUGAAUAUGCUCAACUAUAUGCUAUAGUUACAUUAAUACUAGGUAUUAAAUUUUUAAAAUUUAUUUAAAAUUAAAAACUUCACAAUUACUUUGCUUUAAGGCAGUAUUCAGUUAAUUUUCUUGUUUCAUUGGAAUGAAUGAUUAGCAUCAUGGUCUCAUCAUAUUUGGCAAUAUAUGCUGAGUAAAAAAAAUCUUGACUAAAAAUGCAAAACUUGUUGAGCAAGCCUAGGAUGUGGUUCAACUAGGUCUAGGCUGCAAUGUUUGCUAGUUAAGCUUGCCAACCAUUCUGCACAAGUGUGAUUUUGUAGAGUUACUGACAUUAAAGUGAAUAUUAUCAGAUUGUUUUUACAUUUAAUUAUGGCAGGCAUGUAAAUAGCCCCCAUUAGUCAUUGGGUCCUAAAAAAAAUUUAGUGUUUAUAUCAUCCUGCCCUGGUAAAUGUGGUAAGUUGCAGUAUAGAAGGCUUUUAUGUGUAGCAGAAAGACCUAAAACUUAGCUAUAAUAAAUAAUGGUAUAUUGUAUGAAGUGUUUCUUAUUGUAAUUCUUCUUGUCCCCAGGCUGGCUCUGAAGUAGGCAAGGCUGGUAAAAUCGUGAGAGCCCUGUUUGAGUCAAUAGUUGAGCGUCUGAUGCCCCAGUAUCUGAGCUUUGUCAAAGAAAACCCCACACCCUGCUUCAGUGCCCUGCAACAGAAAAUUGACCCUGAAGUGUCCACUUUGGAUGAGACAGAGGCUACCUCACCCAAGAGACCAAGAUUGGAUGAAUGACAGAGAGAAACUAAUUAAUGAGAUUGUGACCUAAUCUAGUAUAGAAACUUGAAGCACAGUCUUGUGUUCUGUACAGUAAAUAAGACGCCAAAUCCUUACAUGAUACAGAAAUAACUGGAUUAUCAACUCCUUUUUCCCCCAAUGGACAUUUGAUGAAAGUUGUGCUUGUGUGACUAAAUGGCAUUCGUUUAUGGAUUAUUAAAAGACUGACCCACACAGAGUUCUGUUGGUUUUGAAUACUGUUAGUUGAUGUGUUUAGUGGACAUACUAUGUCAGGUAUUGUGCUUGUGCCAUUGUUUCACUGUUGAAACUACUCUAUGGACACCUGUGAAACUCCUCAACUCAAAUCUUUGGAUGGUGUCAAGUAGUAUUCCUUAGUUGUGCAUCAGCAACUUAAACUUUGUGGAUGUCCAUCUAUUAGACUUCAGUGGCGCAACCCCAUUCAAACCUUUUGCUGGUCAUUCUAAUAAGAUGCUGUUUAAAUAAUGAAGCUGUUGGCAUGAAUAAGAAAUGCAAGCAAAACUUUGCUGGUCAACAUUUAAUAGCUUUCAUUUCAAAUAAAUAUGCAUAUAGUAGGAGGAUCAGAGCCUGCCAUAGUGUGUGCUGUAUGAAAUAGUAGUUAUUUGAAAUGAAAUUACAUUCUAUGCCUGGACUAUAAACCACAGUGUGCUGGAUGAAAUGUGAAGUUAUUUGAAAUGGUUUAUACAUUCUUUGCCUGGACUGGUACAAAUAGAACUGAACUUGUUGUACAUCAUCUGGUGGCAACCUGAACUUGUACAUAACUGCAUUCUUAAAUUAUAUAAUUUGUAUGCUGUACCUUUGACCAGUUUAUCCACUUCAUAGGCUCAUGUAUUUAAAUCUAUUGAUUUUUUGUUUACCUAAAUCAUAUACUAAUGAUUUUUUUUUUUACCUAACUCAUUUACUAUUGAUUUUUUUACCUAAGUUUACCAUCUUCACCAUCAGGAUGGUCCAAUGAAGAUGUUUGACAUUAAGUUACUAUUAAAUAUCUUUUCUAGAUCUCACUUAACAUUACGUUCUUAUUCCAGCAAAAUUCAAAGGUCAACAGUUUACAUUAAAUGUAGAAGGCAUUUUUUUUCUUCUCACCUCUCUUUAAAAAAUGUUGGACACUUUCAUUUUCUGCAAUUUCUAUCAGCAUUAUUAUCUCCUCCAUCUGUGCUCUUUGUCUCUCAAACUUCAUACCAUCAAAUUUUCACGAUGACACAGAAUAUAAAUUGUCACAAUUUAAAAAUAAUAAUCAUUUAAGCCAAUUGUGUGUACAUUUGAUGUUUAUUUGUGGAGGCUCUCUCCAAGUGAAUAUACAUUUGAAUGAUUAUUUAAAUAUUGUUUAAAUGCAUGACUUGUUACCAACGCUUGCAGGACGUUGACAUUUAAAAACAAAAAGUUAAAACUUGUAACAAGUGUCUUGCCUUUAAAGAAUGUUAAUUUAGCCUUCUUAAAAUGAAAAAAAAAAAAUUGGUGGGGGAUUUUGAAAAGAUUUUCAUAUUAAAAGCACAUUGCUUUGAAACAUUUAUCUCAAAAUAACCACAAUAACUUUAUCAAUUCAAUGAAUUCAUUAUCAUUUAAUAAACAUGGCAUUUAAGUUUUGUGACUAGAUUGCAAAAUAUUCAUUUGAAGGAAUUAUUUUAUUCUACAAAUAAUUUGAGACUUCAUAUUAUGUAGUCCUAGAAACUAAGAAAGUUUAAUUAUUAUUUUUUCCUCUCAUUAUCAUUAAUAAAAUAAAAAUUAAUUGGGGUAAUGAUUCUAUUGUGUAUCUAUUGAUGCCUUUUACAAAAUUCAUGAGUCUAUAUAAUAAGCUUUCUUCUUUAAAUAAUAGAACCAAAGUGUUUAAAAAAGAUGAUGGGAUUUGAAAAGAAAUAUAUACAUUUUUUUUUUGUUGUUGUGCUUAACACCAUUGAGAUGAAAAAUAUAAAGACAACUGAAAUAAUUUUUGUUGUUUUAUUGUACUUAAAAAAAAUUCAAUAACAAUAUUUGAAUUUCAUAAUUUUGUACUUCCGACUCAUUGAAAAAGAACAUCCCUAGAUGUAAUAACUAUUUAAAAAAAAUUCUUAUAUAUGUAAAUACUGUAUAUAGAGAUGAUUACUUUAUUCUCUUUGUUGUCAUCUUAAAUAUAUAACAAAAAUGUAAAAUUUUUGUACAAUUUUUUAUUUUUAAAAUUAGUUUUAACGAUAUUUUUCAAAAAACAUUUUUGUGGUACCCGGUAAUCCAUUGUUCGAAAUGGUUAUGCCGUGGAAAUGGCCUGUCCCAUCCAUACAUGUCGGUUUAGCAUUAAUCCUUUCAGAUUUAAAGGUCAACAGUUCCAUUUAUUAAUUUUGCGUUUAAAAAAAAAAUUCAAUAGUUAAUUAGAUUUCCAUAUUCUCACUAAAGGUAAGCAUAAAUUCAUGCCAAUCAAUAUGUUCAUUAGCAAAAAUUAAAAUCAUUUGUCAUGUGGCUAAUCUUGUUUGAUCUCCUUAUUUCUAUAAUUUUCUGUUUGGUCUGAAAACUUUGAUCUGAACAAUAACUAGAAAAUUUGUUAAAAAACAUUGCUACUUCUGCUUCUACCUCUCUCAAAAUCUGUUUCCACUUCCAUGUGAAAUGUCAGUAUUGCUCAAUCUUCCACCACAAGAAAAAGUAUUCCUUAAAAUACAGCGUUUGUUGUGAGAGCACUUCAUUUUUUUUAUCCUUCCUUCUAAAUUAUAGUUAAUCUAUCUAGUAAUUUGUAACUUUUGUCAUAUGUUGUUAGUUUGGCCUUUUUUUCCUUUGAGAUAUUCAGAAAUUCUUUUGCAAGUUUUUAUUUACACUGCAAACAAGCAGACUUGCGCGUAUUCUCUCGAUUUUAAAAUUGCUGAAUUUACAUCACUUGAAAAAACACCAUUAGAUUGUCAACUUGUUUGCUUGUCCAGAAAGUUAAAAGUUCUAACACUGAAGUUUUACUAUUCAUAAAUACUGAUGGCUGUGUGUGUGCGCGCAAGUGCUCUUUCUCUAGCUGAGGCUUAAUUACCCAAAGCUUUGAUGGUUAAAGUCAUUGAAUGAUAAAAUUUUUAGGAUGAUUUAAAAUUUUCUUCUGUUAGAAAGUAUUAGUUUCCACUGAAGCCACUUUGUGGAAAUAAAUGCACUAAAGAUUAAAAAAAAAAAGUAAAUAAUUUAAAGCAAAAUAAAUGUAUCCAUAACGUUUUGUAGGACACUUAAAAGUGAGCUGCUUAGCUCAAAUUGUUUAUGCAGUGAAGCAUUGAGAAUUUUUUCAUUAGUAUUAGUCUAGUGAGGUGAACCAUUUUUAUAAUCAUAAAUUUUUUUAAUUUUAAAAAAAAAGUAUUCGGUGCAUUAAACUUUGAUGCGCACACUUAAAAAAAUAAUAUAAGUUUAAAAAUUGCAUUUUAUUUUCAUUCAUGAAUCACAUCAUGACUCCAAUUAUUAUAGAGUUGUUACAAAAAAAAAAAAAGAAAUGUUAAAAAGGUAUAUUGAAUCAAGGCCACCUCUGGAAGCAUUCUUUACUAUCAUUCUGGGCUCAUUACAGUGUUUAACAUGGUUGCUUCGAUUCAUUCAGAAAUCUAACUAUGGACAACCUGCAAUUAGAUCCACUGAGUGGAUUUUGUUAACUUAUUUAUUUCUUGAAGAAAAGGCUUAGUUCGUGAUGUGAAAACUUGGUGCAAUUCUAAAAGAUCCAUCUACAACUUUUACAUUUCUCAACAGUAACCCAUAUUUGUAACUUAUCAAAACUUUUCCUAUAAAGGAGAUAAGAUUUGUCAAUAUCACUGUUUUUUUUCUUCAUUAUUAACAACAAAAAUUGGGCAUUGUAAAGAUUUUUAGAAUAUUUACUUUGUAAAAUAGGGUGGAAAACAUUGUAAAAAUCAAAACCCACCUAACACACAAACAAGGUGGGACAAAAUACAUGCAUGCUUUCAUAUAACUCCUUGUAUUUUUAAAUAAAAAGUGUAUAUUCUGUAUAUUGGGGAAAGGUGAGGGUCAUUAGGUGAUGGAGUCAGUGCUUUUAUAUGUGUCUUGUUUUGGUUUGCUCCAAACUUCAUUUCAUAUUUAUUGAAAUCCAUUUUUUUAAAAAAUGCAUUGUAACAUUUAACAACAAAGCAUUUCAAAUAAUUGAACCAUUACAUGUAUGCUUUAAUGUUAAUGCUCUCAUGUUAGUACUGUAUAAGAUGUCCAUUAAAUCUUUUUUUUAGUGCUUAAAUUUGUAUGUCUUUUUUUGGGAUCUAUGUAUUUAAUAAGUAUUUGUGUUACUUGUGGUUGAACUUGGUACCAUAAUUCACUCCUUGGCGGUAGAGUGCAACCGUCAAUGAUUUUCGUUGAAAUAUCUCAAUAAUUCAUUUUUGACUAUAUAAUAUAGUUAAUCUGUGCAAAAUAAAUAAUUUUUAAAAACUCACUAAGAGAUCACUAUUUCCUUUAUUUGUCCAAGUCUUUGUGUUAUAAAAUCUAUUGCUCAUGUCAAUGUGGCUAUAUUGUCUUCCCAACUAAUAUUCCUAGGUUAAACGUACUAAUUCAGUGCUUCUCAAACUUUUCAUUGUGAUAAUCCUCAAGCAGUAAUUUAUCAACAGGAUCAGAUGCACGAUUUAUUGAUUGAUCAUAUUGGAUUUUCAUAAGAUUGACUUUGGCAGACUGGUGACCGGAUGCUUGCCUACCACCUCUGAACUUUGUCUUAAAGUUAAAGCUUUAAAAAUAAAGCACCAAACAAUUCAGCUCUUUACAAAAAUUAUCUGCAAGUGUUCCAUGAGGUUAAGCAAUAUCUGUCCAUUUACUGUCACUUGCACCACUAUGGUGUGCUUUAAUCUGUCUAUGUUAACAUUUACACCCAAUACUAAUGAUCUGAUCAAAUUUAAAAUGCAUUAAAUGAAAAAUAUGUCGUCAUUAAAUUUUGGUUGCUAAUAUUGGGAUGGUCACAAGGCCUGAAACAAAAUAUUUUUUGGUAUUAAAUAACUGCUUUAUUUUAAUUUCUGAGCGGGUGACCAAUGACAUUGUAAGACACUAAACACUUGUAUUGUUUGUAUCCACUUUUAUAGGUACAACUUUUAAAUGUGGGGACAUUAUAGAGGUGUUACAAUAACAAAGAAGCAGGCCGGGUAUUUGUAAUACUGUACAGCAAAACCUAAAUCAUUUAAUGAUGUUGGUUUGCUAUUGAAAGUCUAUUGGUUAAUUUCAGUAAUUUUUUUAGUUUUAAAAUCCUGAAAGAUGAUGUUAAAGUUGUUCUUUUCUUAAACUUAACCCCCCUUAAAAUUUUAUGUUGCCAAUCUCUUCAAUAUGUUUCUAAAACUGAUUUUUACUUAAACCACAUGGGCGGUAGAGUCUUGAAGCAACCAGUUGUUUCACAGUUUGUACACUACAGAAGUCAAUGCCUUGUUGUUGUUUGGGAUGAGGUGCGUGAAAACACCAACCUUUUGUUUUCUAAUCUCUUAAUUCUAAUCCCAGAGCCACUCAUUUUGC